CUUAGCUGCAGGGAGAAAGCUGCGCUGCAAAAUUCAGACCAGGUUCUGAGCCGUUAGUAAAAAGUUAUGACUGUAACAAGCCGAAAUUUGAAUAUUAUUAGUUGUGGCUUUAUUUAGGACCCCCGGCAGCUCACACUUGUGAGCAGACCGUGUUUAGCGGGAUGGCUAAUUGGUAGGAUGCGAGCAUGCCUGAUAUCAGUGCCUAGGCACACUCAGCAAUGACAAAGCGUUUUUCCUGUUUUGAAACGUUUUUUUCCCCAAUUGGCCUGACCCAGUGUAAAUUUCCAAAUACCCACCUAUGAGGACACAGCAGUAGGAAGAAAAACUGGAAGGUUCUAUUGAAGGUAUUAGUGUUUUUGAGGUUAAAAACAAAGCCUACCUUUGCCCUGAAUGUUCUUUGAGAACUGAGAAAAGGUUCACGGGGAGGUCAGGAUGCUGAGUGCCGGAAGGAGGACUCUUGUGGGACAAUAGGAAGUUUCCUGCUUUGGUAUUUCAUCAUCAUACUUAUCCUCAUGCUGCUGUCUCGGGCUUCUGUCUGGAUGUCGGAGAACAAAAGGGACGAGGACAGUGGGACAAGUGCUACCACCGGCAGCAAAGCAAGCAAAGACAAUUCCUGUAAGCGACUAAGUAAAGACGGAUUCUGGGAUGCUUUGCGAGUCACAAAGAAGCCAAAGCAGAACCCCCUUUCCACAAUAACUGACUCCGAAAUGGCUUUGGUCAGUGCCUACCUUGAUGAAAGACGAGCCAGGCGCCAUUCCCAGUUCUCCCGGGCGAAUCCGAUCCAGCAGGACAGUGAUUCCACCGAGUGUGACAGCGAGGAGUCGAACUCGGGAGCGUCUUCCUGGAAGGAGAGUGAGAGCGAGCACCAGCUGUCGCCUGCCAGCAGUAAGAGGAGAAAAGCAGUGUCGAGGCAGAGGGAUGUGGAGAACUACCAAAUCAGAGAAAGGCCCUGCCUCCACUGCAAAGCCAUGAGAACCAAUGAGUGGCUGACUCGUCACUUCCCACCAAGCAACUCAGUCAGCCCCCUGAGGGCAGAGGCUCAAGAGGAGAAUUCGACACCUGCCAUCAAUACAAAAUUAAGUAAAUUUUGGAUUUUGCCAUCUUUACCUUUCUUGAGGUCAAAAGGAGAUGAAUAAAACAUGAGAAUCAGAGUUGUAGGCAAAGAGACAUUUACUAAGAACAAAAGUAUAACUGGAGCCCAAGAGGCCAAGUUUCAGACAAACUAACUGCUCAAAACAAGGGCAGAGGAUUUGUUCAUGCCACACGGGAACACAGAAGACCUGUGUUUUUAUGGUAUUUUUUUUUUUUUUUUAAGUCAAAAGAGCCCAGGGCAGAUAGUCCAUACCCCAGGUGUAUGUAUUCUGUUUAUGUCUAUGAUACAAAUACAAAAACUCUUUGAAAAUAUAUAUUUAUGUUGAGAAACGAUUUAAAUCUAUUCAUAUGUUUUGAUUAUCUGACUAAACAAAUGAGGU